GUGGUAGUCCUUUCCAGAAAAAAUGGCAGCUGUUGACAUCGACGUGCCGGUGGACGCUGAACCUCAAAUCCACGGUCCAGAGGACAUGGAGCGUCAGGCUGAAGGCUUCAAAGAGCAAGGAAAUGCAUUCUACAGCAAGAAAGAUUACUCUGAGGCUUUCAACUAUUAUACCAAGGCCAUUGAUGCAAGCCCCAAAACUGCCAGUUAUUAUGGCAACAGGGCGGCCACCCUCAUGAUGCUCUGUCGCUUCAGAGAGGCUCUAGAAGAUUCCCAGCAGGCUGUGCGGCUGGAUGACUGCUUCAUGAAAGGUCAUCUACGUGAGGGCAAGUGCCACCUGUUGUUAGGAAAUGCCAUGGCAGCCAGUCGCUGCUUCCAGAAGGUUUUGGAGUUGGAUCCCAGCAACAGAGAGGCCCAGCAGGAGAAUAAGACAGCAUCGAUGCUAGUGGAGUACGAACGAAUGGCCGACUUUGGCUUUGAGAAGCGUGAUUUCAGAAAGGUGGUGUACUGCAUGGACCGGGCCUUAGCAGUGGCUUCUGCCUGUCACCGCUUCAAAAUCCUCAAGGCUGAGUGUCUGGCCCUGCUGGGACGCUAUCCAGAGGCCCAGUCUGUAGCAAGUGAUAUCUUGCGAAUGGAUUCCACAAACGCAGACGCACUCUACGUCCGAGGCUUGUGUCUCUACUAUGAGGACUGCAUCGAUAAAGCUGUACAGUUCUUUGUCCAGGCUCUGCGCAUGGCACCUGACCACGAAAAGGCCCGUCUAGCCUGCAGGAAUGCCAAAGCCCUAAAAGCCAAGAAAGAGGAGGGCAACCAGGCGUUUAAGAGCUGCAACUAUGAAGCUGCCUACCAGCUGUAUACCGAGGCCCUGACGAUAGACCCCAACAACAUCAAGACCAACGCUAAACUGUACUGCAACAGAGCCACAGCAGGAGUAAAGCUGCAGAAACUUGAUAAAGCCAUUGAAGAUUGUACCAAUGCAAUCAAACUAGAUGACACUUACAUCAAGGCCUACUUAAGAAGAGCUCAGUGUUACAUGAACACAGAGCAGUAUGAAGAGGCCGUACGGGACUAUGAAAAAGUUUACCAGACAGAAAAAACAUCAGAUCACAAGCAUCUGCUGAAGACGGCACAGCUGGAGCUGAAGAAGAGCAAGAGGAAAGAUUACUACAAGGUGCUGGGGGUCGGCAAGAACGCCACCGAGGACGAGAUCAAAAAGGCCUAUCGCAAACGGGCCCUCAUGCACCACCCAGACCGCCACAGCGCAGCGACUCCAGAGGUGCAGAAGGAGGAGGAGAAGAAAUUCAAGGAGGUGGGCGAGGCCUUCACUGUGCUCUCUGACCCAAAGAAGAAGAUCCGCUACGACAGUGGACACGACCUGGAAGACGACUGCUCCUUUGAUGGUGGAGACUUUGAUGCGAACAACAUCUUCAGAGCUUUCUUUGGCGGCCAUGGUGGAGGAGGAGGAUAUAGUUUUGAUUCCAGUCCAGACAACGGACCUGGAAAUUUCUUCUUCCAGUUUGGUUAAAGUGAAGGAGCAUGCGGGAAAAUGCAGCCCUGCAGUAGACAAAAUCAAGUUGGACCCACAGUCACCUCCUGACGCUCACACUCCCGAGCGUCUAACAAAACGUCCCCACUAUUCUUUCUCGAGAGGUUCUUGAUUAUCGCAUUCACUUCUAAAUUUACUCCUCACAUUGAUGCUAAAAACAUUAGGAAGGAUAAUUCAGAGACUCUAGUUGUGAAUCAACUCUGUAAAUAUGGAAUUGCUUAAGAGGUCUUUUUUAAAAUGAGGGGUUUGGAUCAGCUGAUCAGAGCAUGUCCCUUCUGCCAAAAUCUAAAUGACAAUAAAUAAAAUCUUGUAAAACUGCUUCAACCUUCGUAAAGGUGACCCGUGGAAGAAUAAGCAUCAUGGUUAAUUAGUUUUAGAAGACACACUAUGGUAUAUGUUUUUAUGGUUCUGCUGGGACUGAACGUCUCUGUAGAACCAGAGCCAAUUUACUGUGGAAGUUCAAUGUCAAACUGACCUCAGGACAGCCUGUUGAGGACAACGCUGGUCUCAUGCGAGCACGUGUCCAGGUUUUAUUGGCUCACUUGCCAAAUACAAAAUCUUCGUGCAGGGUUUUUUCUUUCUUCUCCAUGCUGCGUUGUAUAUUUGACUCGAAUGUAAAGCGUUUUGUGUCCAUAAAUAUUUUUCUUCAGUCUUCCCGAGGUCUAUUUAUAUUUAUUGUACUGUAUAUUCUAACCUGUACACAGCAAAACGCCAGUGUUUGUCUUCCUCCGUUUUUAAGAGACUCAUUUGUAAAUGUUUCCCACGCCAUCUUCUUUGCCCUUGAAAUUGUGCAGGUUUUUUUUAACAGGCCAAAAUCUGCACACGUACACCUUCUCUUCAAAGCACCGACCACUCAUCUGUCCCGUUCAAAUUCUAGUGGUGCCUUACCAGAAGGAGCAGCGAGCCACGUCCUGUUGACUAAAGGAGCUUUGUGAGUCUGUGCUCUUCUUCAUAUCUGGCCAGUGAAUGAAAUUGAAUAUUAGUAACUGAAUUCUUCAUCCCGUCAAACACAAAAGACUCUUCGUGUCAUGUCAGCAUCAGUCACACCCAGCUGUCAUCCACCCAUACUCGUUACGCACGUUUCAUCAGUGCAGCCCUUCCCCUACUUGUUCCACCUGUUUUUAAAGGGACGCUGUUAGUAGGCUGGAAG